CACAUUUUCUGUCUCCCAAAGCACACAAUUCAUUCAUAUUCACAUUUCUUUUUGUUUUUUAUUUUCAUUUUAUUAACAAAAAAAUUAGUAAUAAAUUCAAAAUUAUUAUUCUCCUAAUCCUUCAUUGAUUCAGACGUGCUCUCCUCUUUCUAUUCUCCAACUGUACAUGUUUGAAACUUUUGAUUUAUUUUAAGCUGUCCCUUUCCUUUGUUUUUGGUCAAAAACCAAAACACCUAACCGUUUUAGUUAGUGCUCACAAAGCGUGUUUCUUUGACAUUUUGUUUCAAAUACAAAAGUGGGUUUUUUCACCUUCCAAGGUUCUCUCAAAAGCUACUUCCUUUGUUUUAUUAACCGCUUCAAGUAAACAACUUGGUCGCUCUUAGUGGAAAAAAACAGGUGGUCCUUCUUCCUUUACUUUCAUUCAUGGGGAAGGUCACAACUUCUUCAACACCGCCUUUUUCUCAAGAAGCUUCCAAUUUUGAUGAGGUUUAUAUGCAGCAGAGCUUGCUCUUUGAUGAUAGCCUCAAGGAUUUAAAAAAUCUGAGAACACAGUUGUAUUCUGCAGCUGAAUAUUUUGAACUCUCAUAUACCAACGAUGAUCAGAAACAGAUAGUCGUAGAAACACUGAAGGAUUAUGCCAUCAAAGCUCUUGUAAAUACAGUGGACCAUUUAGGUUCUGUGACCUAUAAAGUGAACGACUUGUUGGAUGAGAAGGUUGUUGAAGUUUCUGGAGCAGAGCUACGUGUAUCUUGUAUUGAACAGAGAAUGAGGAGUUACCAAGGGUUUGCGGAUCACGGGGGGCGUUCCCAACAGUCAUUGGUGAUUAGUACUCCAAAAUAUCACAAACGUUAUAUCUUACCAGUUGGGGAGACCAUGGUUGGUGCCAACCUCACAAAGUCAAAAUAUGUAGGAUGCAGCCUUGAUGACGAAGAAGAGUGGCCUCACUUUAGGAAUGCUGUUCGAGCUACAAUUAGAGAAACACCAACAUCUACAACAACAAGUAAAGGGCGUUCCCCAUCACCUUCUGUACAACCUCAGAGACCUGGACCCUUUUCAUUCACUUCCACCAUGCCCAAGAAAGAUUUAGAUAAGCGGUCAGUUUCACCAUAUCGGUUCCCACUUCUGCGUACUGGAUCUCGGUCUAGUAGACCUACAACACCAAAUUUGAGUAGAUCAACUACUCCAAAACCAAGCAGACCAAUCACACCAAAUCCUUCUAAUACAAAACAAAGAUACCCUUCUGAGCCACGCAAAUCAGCUUCAAUGCGGUUAUCGGCUGAAAGAGAUAAUGGUAAAGACGUAGAACAAUUCCCGAGUAAAAGCAAACGUCUCCUGAAGGCCUUAUUAAGCAGACGGAAGUCUAAGAAGGAUGACACGCUUUAUACAUACUUGGACGAGUAUUGAUACCAUAGAAUCUAUAGAAAGCACAGCAAAGGUGUCAAUAGAAUCUUGAAAACAAGUCAAUUUUUGUUUGAUAGGUUGCACAUCAUCAUAUCAUCUGAACUGUAUAAUAUAAUUGUUACUUUCCAGUAUUUUACAAUUGCAAGCUCCCAAAGUUAGUAUGUGUAAUAGUUCAAAAAUCAUUUUAAAUGUGGAUCAUGUAGUUAUUAUAUAAUCAAAGUAAAUUUGGCUUCAUUUCUCUUUUU